AUGUCUCGGUCGUCCGGUGCGAGUUUCGCUCAGUUCUUCCCUGCCGCUCCGCGGGCUGCCAGGGACAGAGCUACGGAGCGCGAGCGGGCAAGACUGAGAGCGCAAGCUUCUCCGCCCACGCAGCCAGUUGACACGAACGGUCAUCGCACUCCCUUGUCCUCAUUCACUUCCAACCGAUCUGAUGACGGAGCCAGUCCUGGCCGCUCACACAUAACCUCUCUCAAUCACAGCUCAUCCGCCGGUGCUGACGCAACCCGCCCUCCGCUUGAAGAUACCGAGUCGCUGCCCGGCGACACGCUAAACACGGUUGGCUCUGCAAGCUCGCAUGCGAGCACAAGCUCAUCCAUCUUCAGUUCCUCCACGCGACAGCUCGCCAUGGCCUCAGCUUCAGUGAGGAACUCUCACACUCACAACUCCACCACCCCUCUCACAACCGCCGACUCACCGUCAUCCUUAUAUCUCUCUACAUCCCUUCAUGCGAAGCCGCACUCCGUCUCGCCCCAUCAUGCCGACAAGCAAAACGGCCUGACACCGACACUCAAUGGCUCGGCCACUGAGUCCCUCGUCCCUCUACCUGACGGUACCGAACGUGUCCCUCCCCGCGACCCUAGUCGCUCCGUCUUGUGCACCAUAUGCACAUAUGAUCCUCUCCUGGACAAAAAACUCUCGAGCUCCGAAAAGAAAAAGGCGAAACCUAUAUAUAAGGAUUAUGGCUUGAACGAUGAAGAUGACGCUCCCCCUUCAGAUCCACGCCUGGCGCACGGCGGGAAACUCAGCUACAUCAACGUCAACUUUCACCUCCCUAAAGCCCAAUUGAUCGAUGCGCCGAGCAACCUGAAGCCCUAUCCAUAUGACCCCAAGACCUCCUGUGGCCCCGGACCCCCAGUCCAAAUUCUUGUGAGAGGCUUCAAUCCUUUGAUCGCCUUCACAAAGGUCACUACCAUAUUCGCAUCCUUCGGCGACAUUGCGGAAAGCAGCAACAAGAUGCACCCAGAAACGGGAAGCUAUCUCGGCUUCGCGACGAUCCGGUACAAAGACUCGAAACCGACCCCUUCGCGACCCGUACCUGUUCCUGCUCAUCAAGCUGCCAGGAGAGCUGUCCGAGGAAUGCACGGGAGGAGGAUAGAGGCCAACCAAGUCCGCGUCGAGUUCGACCCCGAAGGCCGAAAGAGCAAGGCCUUGAUGGAGGCUGUUCUUAAAAAGAGCAGGGAAACAUCGCAGACCCCAAGCGCUGCCUACAAGAUUCCUACCGGGCCUAAACCAAGAGCUGGGGAGGUUAUCCCCGGACCGCCGCCAACGGCCCCCAAAGGCCCAGCAGCGCACCGAGCCCUCGGAGGCUCCGAAGCCGGUUGGACCUCAACCAAGCCUCGACAUCCCAGCAUCAUCGAGACCGAACCGAUCAUCAAUCACAUUAAGAGCGAGCCGUAUAUUUUUGUGGCGCACGAGUAUGUUCCAGUGAUGCCGACAACUGUGGCUCAUAUGAAGAAGCGGCUCAAGCAAUAUGGGUUUGAUGACAUUCGUGCGGAUAGGACGGGCUACUACAUUAUCUUCCGCGAUUCCCAUUAUGGCCGGGACGAAGCAAGCAAGUGCUAUAAUUCCGCCAACGACACAGCAUUCUUCACAUACAGCAUGGUCAUGGAGCUUCACCUUUUCGGUACGGUGGGCAAAAGCUCAAGGAGCUCUGAGGACCAUCGCAGGCACAGCUAUAGUUCGGAGAAAAGGCCGCCACCCGAGCACCGACAACGUGAUGAUCAAGAUCGGCGUCGCCGUGAUGAAGAGGCGGACAUUGAGGAGGAGAAGAAACAGCGGGCCAAGAACCUCGAUCCAGUUAAGGAGGCUGCCGAAGUAAUACGACGAGAAAUGACGGAGCAUUUACUCAAGACCAUCCGUACCAAGAUCACCCUUCCCGCAGUCUUCGACUAUCUUAACCCGGUCAAUCAUGCCGCAAAGCGGCGUAAGCUUAACAUUGAUGACUCCCACAGUGGUACGAUUCCAUCGAUUGUCUUCGAUGAUUCUGAAGACAGAUCUUCUCCAGUUGGUACUCCGAACUCGAGAGCCGACCCAAUCGAGAGGCGUACGGCUCGCGCUGAUGUUUCAACAUUACGGGUCCGAAAGCUGAAGAGCAGGGGACUGAAUGCUCGAAAACAUGGAUUCAACGAUCCGUUUGCGCGAGCACGACCCACGCAACGAGUAGAUCUCCGGUCUCUGCAUCAUCGUCUUAACUCCGAUAGUGACGAUGAUUCUGAUGAUGGUGUGGAUAACCGAUAUUCUAUGAUCCGGGACACAGAGGAACCGGAGUCUCGGCCAAGGAGCCGUAUGAGUUCGGAGGAGGACCGGAACAAAGAGGAAAUUGGGUCCUGGGUUGCUGGUGAAGACGAUUCAAUGACGGAGGCCAGCUUCGCUCUUAACGAUACAUCAGCCCUGCUAAAGAAGCGAAAACUGGACCUUCCAGUAGAAACGGCUAUCAAGCGGCAAAAGAAAGCUGAGGAGCUCUUCGAGGCGACUAUCACACGCAUCGAGACCGAACUGCCUUCACAGGAGCAGGCUGUGGAGUCUGCUACCCUCCCAGGCAUCGAAGCUCCAUUGGAUGGCCUACCUGACGCCGACGUUAAAGCCGAACCGGCAGAGGACAAGGAGACUGAUGACUCGCGGUUGCCAACCCCUAUACCGGACAACACAAAACCGAAGAAGAAGGCCAAAGCCAAGAAGAAAUCCAAAAAGCAGAUCUUCGAGGAGCGCGAGGCGCUCAAGAAGCAGCAACAGGAGAUAUUUGAGAGAGAGGCUCUUCGGGCCGCCGGGAUUGAAGACAUUGAAGCUACCCCGGACGUUGAAGCGAAAUCCCAGGUUGGUGAACCCGAACCUGUACCUGAACCUGAACUCGAAACAAAAGGGGAAGCCCCCGAGGCUCCUCCGACAGAAAGCAAACCUGAUCUGGAUCCUGAAUUGUACCCAUCCGAGGCCGUUGACGCUCUCGUCCUACCCAAGGAUUUCCACUUGGAUAUUGGAACCCUGAAAGUGGUGCCAUUACAAGGCGAGGAUGGGCCAGAUACCCAGAGGCUCCAAAGAAAGUUUGGUACCGGUAAGCUUGGAUGUGAUGCUGAGCUGUGGCUCUGGAGACGGAGUCGUAUCCGGCAACUCAACUCGGAGGAUGGGUCAACGGAUAAACCCGUCGGAAUUGGCGGUUAUUAUGUGCCGAAUCCGACUGGAUGUGCCAGGACCGAGGGUGUCAAGAAAAUUCUCAACUCUGAGAAGUCCAAGUAUCUUCCCCAUCAUAUCAAGGUCAAGAAGGCCAGAGAAGAGCGGGAAAAGAAUGCCAAGAACGGAAACACCAACUCUGUCGCUGCUGCCGCAGAAGCAGCCAGGCUCGCAGCAGAUAGCCUGGUGGCCAAGGGCAAUUCGCGUGCCAACCGUGUCAACAACCGCCGAUACGUUGCGGAGAUCAACGAUCAGCGGAAGAACUUUGGGCAAGAUUCGGAUGUCUUACGGUUCAACCAGCUUAAGAAGCGAAAGAAGCCAGUGAAAUUUGCCCGGUCCGCCAUUCAUAACUGGGGUCUUUACGCAAUGGAAAAUAUCAACAAAGAUGACAUGAUCAUCGAGUACGUUGGUGAGGAAGUCCGACAGCAGAUUGCCGAACUUCGCGAAGCCAGAUACCUCAAGAGCGGCAUCGGUAGCAGCUACCUCUUCCGCAUCGACGAUAACACCGUUAUUGAUGCGACGAAGAAGGGCGGUAUUGCCCGAUUCAUCAACCACAGCUGCAUGCCCAAUUGUACAGCCAAGAUCAUCAAGGUGGAAGGGAGCAAGCGCAUCGUUAUCUAUGCGCUCCGCGACAUUGCUCAGAACGAAGAGUUGACGUACGACUACAAGUUCGAGCGUGAGAUCGGAAGCACGGAUCGUAUCCCCUGCUUGUGCGGAACAGCAGCAUGCAAGGGUUUCCUCAACUGA